AUGUCGCCUAAAUAUGCCAAAGAUAUGCCUCAAGACUUUACCAACCGCAUAGAGCGGGUUGCCAUCGUCGGAGCGAGCGGCCAGAUUGGCCAAUACAUCACCAAAGCCCUCGUAGAUACUGGCAAACACACCAUCACCGCUCUAACCCGCCAAGGCAGCAAGAACGAGCUCCCCUCCGGCGUCAAGACAAUCCUAGUCGACUACAACGACGAAGCCGCCCUCAUCGCCGCUCUCAAAGACCAGCAAUUCCUCAUCAUCACCCUCCCCGUCACAGCACCGCCAGACACCCACUCCAAAAUCGUCAAAGCAGCCGCAAAGGCCGGCGUUAAACGCAUCAUGCCCAACCUUUACAGCAUGGACGACUCCAACGAGGCUCUCGUCAAAGAAACCCCGCUAAAUGCCAGUAAAGAGGGUAUCCUCUCCGACAUCGAAGCUGCCGGCUGUUCCUGGACCUAUAUGAUCUGCAGCCUGUGGUACGAGUACAGUCUCGCCAUGGGACCCAUCUGGUUCGGCUUCGACUUCGCGAACAAGAAGCUGACGUUGUAUGAUGAGGGGACGACGAAGGUGAAUGUGACGACGUGGGAGCAGUGUGGGCGGGCUGUGGCUGCGUUCUUGAGCUUGAAUGAAUUGCCGGAGGAUGAGACUGACAAAGGGGUGACGGUGGAGACGUGGACGAAUAAGCCGCUUGUGAUCUCGAGCUUUUUGAUUAGUCAGAAGGAUAUGUUUGAGAGCUGGAAGAGGGAUUCGGGGGAUAGGGACGAGGAUUGGACGAUUGAGAGCGAGGGGAGUAAGGAGAGGUAUCAGAAGGGUAUUGAGGCGAUGAAGGGUGCGCAGGACCCGAUGUCUGCAAGGAUGGGGGCUGCAAUGGCUUCCUUUGUGAGGGCGUUCUUUCCCAAUGGUGGAGGAGACUAUGAGAGUACGAGAGGGUUGGACAAUGGGAAGUUGGGGUUGCCGAAGGAGGAUCUUGAUGAGCGUACGGCUGUUGCUAAGGAGAUGGUGGAGCAGGAGUAUGCGGCUAAGCUGUUCGCUAAGAUGGCUCAAGGCUCUUGA